CUUCUCUUCUGGUUUGGUUAUUGUGUUGUUUUUUUAACGCUGACAUGUUGUAGAGUUCGGAGACAAACUGGCCUUCUGUCAGCUUUAAAAAUAAGAAGGCGAGUGGUGGUUAAACGCAGAAUGUAAAGAUUUUCUACUUCUGGAGUUCACCAGCUGAUCUAACACGAGCUAAGCAACUGACAAAAAUUGCUGCCCGUUAUGGAUGUGCCACCGAGCCAUCACGGUGUAGGAGCCAGUGGCAGCAACAGCAGCAACACCAGUGGAAACUCCGGUUCCCAGUAUGCACUGUGUGCCAUGGGGGUCGGGCUUAUUGCCCUUGGAAUUGUGAUGAUUGUGUGGAGUGUCGUACCAGCAAACCCACAGAUGAACAUUAGCGAGUCUGGUAGCAAGAAAAAUCAGGUGUCCUCUGUGGCCUUUAUCUUGGUGGGAUGUGGAGUGGCAAUGCUGCUGGUGUCCAUGGGUCUGGGAAUGAGGAACAAACAGAGGGAGCAGUUGAGGCUCCAAGAGGCCCAGAACAACCAAAUCCGAAUAGUUACUGAGCAGGAGCAACGGGAAAGUGGCGACGAACAAGCGCAGCAUUACGCAGUGCCCACGUACGAGGAGGCGGUAGGCAGCGGACAGUAUCCUCUCCGCCAGACUGCCAUGCAUCCAAGCGCGUCCCAGCUGCCCUCCUAUGACGACCUUGUCAAAGUCGACGGGGUUGAGUAUGAGUUUGAGAGGCCGGCGAUCACACCUGCAGUACCACGGUCCGCCCCUGCCCCCGUUCCCACUGCCGCUCCCUCGGCUCAGAAAUCUGCUAAAAACAGCCGAAAGGCUCUGGCUCUCAAGAUCCGCAGGAUUAAAUCAGAGAAACUCCUUCAGCAAAAUGCAGAAAAUUCUCAACCCGCAGCUGAACUCUUUGUUGAACCACUCACUCCGCCGCCACAGUACGAGGAUUAGCGGCCUGAUCAUGGUUUGUCCAGACGUGCUGACUGCUCCUUUGUGUCUGGUUUCUAAUUUCAGCCGCAUGGUUUCAAAGCACUGAACAGAAAAAAAAACAUUAUUACAGUUUUACGAUUAUUAUUUGUUUUUCUAUCUCACUGGAUUACACCGGGGGAAAUGCUGGAUUACGUUUUCUGGGACUCGUAACAUCAUGGAACACUAAUUUUGAAAUCGCUCACCAAAUGCAGUUGUUUUCGUGUGAAACGUGCAACUUCAGAAGGGACGAGUUAAUGAUCUCUUCAGUCAGGGUGUCUGCACACUCUUACUUCACACAGCCGUUUAGCCUGGGUGUUUGCCGCCAAUUUGCCAAAUGCAUGCUCGGCGAGCGGCCAAACACGGUGUGUGUGUGUGUGUGUGUGUGUGUGUGUGU